GAGGCUCUUCAAGGAGUCGGAGACAGAUUCAGUAGUCAAGUCCAUGUGCACAAAGAACAUCUUCCCUGGGUUUCUGUGAAGGAGAUGGGAUCUCUUGGAGCUUAUGUGUAGAGGUUGAAAAACUAGCCCCCAAUGCACUCCUAAGACUGUAAACUGAUACUCUAAGGGCCAGGACUCUUGUCUCUCUAGAAAGCAGUCCUUGGCCCGAGGCUGGUCAUCUGGGCCUCCUUUAGGUUUUGACCAGUCUGUCUUCAAUAAAGGUCUAUAACUUCAACUUCUGUCAUAGCAGGUGCCACUGCAAGGUGAGGGUCUGCCUGGGAAAACCACUUGGUAUCCCUUUUUUUUUUUUUUUUUCUACAGAGAUGGGGAAAGCCCAUGUCUCAUGUCUUUUAGGAGUUGGCAUACAUAGAGAAACAAAUCGUCCCUGUGUGACUGGUCCAGGGAUCUCCCUGCAGUUGGCAGAACCCUUUCUUCUCAAAGCCAAUCUUUGGACAGAGAAAGCCCCAAACAGCCUGGAAAAACAGGCUGAAACCUGGAAGCAAGUGUACCCUCAGAAGCCAGGAUAGUAACGUGACAGUAUGUUGUAAGACACUCUUACUUGCCAUUUGGAAUAGGUUAAUGCAAACUGCCACCAAGGUUCCUGCCAUGAUGAUAAUGGACUAAACCUCUGAACGGUAUGGCAGCCCCGAUGAUAUAUUUUUCCUUUAUAAGAGUUGCUGUGGUCAUGGCGUCUCUUCACAGCACUGCAAACACUACCUAAGACAGCGGUAGUAGGAAAGACCUGCUUCUGCUCCAGCCUCCUUGCCCCUAGUACAAGUUCUUACUGUGGCUCAAAACGCCCAGGCACUUACCCCUAGAAGAAUAGUCCACUUUCAGGACUUACUAGAGAUGGAAGGCCAACUACAGCACUGGGAUCGGAUCUGUGUGCUUAAAAUCUCCCCUAAGGGUUCGCUCCCGACCAUGAUUUCAAUGUGAGUUUUACGGGAGUCAGACUGUGGCAAGGACAGUAUGUUGCUACCAUGGGGGUCUUCUGGAGGACCUCACUGGGACAUAAAUCUAGACAAUUUCACAUGAGCCUGGUGGGAAAGCAAAUUGCAAGCCUGCACCCCCACAGCAGAUUUCUAAGGGCAGCUUUAUUCUGCCUGUGGAUGCAGUGUCCAAGGGGUGAUGAAGUGGCUGCCGGUGCUGAGGAGCGCGUAGGGAGCAAGUUUUCUAGUAGUGACUUCCGCUGGAUCUGAACGCGGGUCCUGAAUGUGCCUAGCUGGGAAAUCUUGGGCAAGUUCCUCCUUCUGGUCUGGCCGCUGUUUUCUCACUAAUAAAGGAAGCUGCACCCACUUCGUGGGGUCUCAGCGCAGAUUACAGGAGCGAUAAAGUAAACCAUGCUUCUACCCCAGGAUCUGGCGGCACCCUGCAAGCAUCAGAUACUCCGUCCAUUCUCUUUCGAUCUACCCUGUCAGGGUGCCUGUCAUUCCCCCCCCCCCCCGCCCCCCAGGCUUAUUUCUCUAGGUUGUUGGAGCAAGAAGCUCUGGCAGCCCCAACCUAGGAGCUCAGCCUUCAGCAAGAUACACACAAGGGAGGAGCCUGGGCAAAAGCUGGGAGCUCGCCAACACAGACAGAUCUGGUGGCCCUCCAGACAGGAACAGCUCCCUCGGGUGUUGAGUGAGCUAGGCACCAACUGGAAGAGUGAGAGCUGAAACGGGUUGCCUGAGGCGGAUCAGAACUCAACUGAUGCUCUCUGGGAUUGCCGGGCAGCGGACAUUCCUCCGGCCCCUCCAUCUGGGCUCCUGUGAAUAGGAGGGGCCGGGCAAGCAGGCCAGCUGGGCUAUGAUUUGGUGUCUCCGUCUGACCGUCCUCAGCCUGAUCAUCAGCCAGGGGGCUGACGGUCGAAGAAAGCCUGAGGUGGUCUCUGUGGUGGGCCGGGCUGGGGAGAGUGCAGUGCUGGGCUGUGACUUGCUGCCUCCAGCUGGCCACCCCCCUCUGCAUGUCAUCGAGUGGCUGCGCUUUGGAUUCCUGCUUCCCAUCUUCAUCCAGUUCGGCCUCUACUCUCCCCGAAUUGACCCCGAUUACGUGGGACGAGUCCGGCUGCAGACAGGAGCAUCUCUCCAGAUUGAGGGGCUCCGGGUGGAAGACCAGGGUUGGUACGAGUGCCGUGUGCUCUUCCUGGACCAACACAGCCCUGAACAGGAUUUUGCCAACGGCUCCUGGGUGCACCUGACAGUCAAUUCGCCCCCUCAGUUCCAGGAGACACCUCCCUUAGUUCUGGAAGUCAAGGAGCUGGAGGCGGUUACCUUGCGCUGUGUGGCCCGUGGCAGCCCUCAGCCUUAUGUGACUUGGAAAUUCCGAGGACAAGACCUUGGCAAGGGCCAGGGUCAGGUGCAAGUGCAGAAUGGAACACUGUGGAUCCGUCGGGUGGAGCGAGGCAGCGCUGGAGACUACACCUGCCAAGCCUCCAGCUCCGAGGGCAGCAUCACCCACGCCACCCAGCUGUUGGUGCUAGGACCCCCUGUCAUUGUGGUGCCCCCCAGCAACAGUACAGUCAACUCCUCUCAGGAUGUUUCCUUGGCCUGCCGGGCUGAGGCAUACCCUGCUAACCUCACCUACAGCUGGUUCCAGGAUGGUGUCAAUGUCUUCCAUAUCAGCCGCUUACAGUCUCGAGUGCGCAUCCUGGUAGACGGGAGCCUGUGGCUACAAGCCACUCAGCCUGAUGACGCCGGCCACUAUACCUGUGUUCCCAGCAAUGGCUUUCUGCAUCCACCGUCAGCUUCUGCCUAUCUCACUGUGCUCUACCCAGCCCAGGUGACAGUCAUGCCUCCCGAGACACCCCUGCCCACUGGCAUGCGUGGGGUGAUCCGGUGUCCGGUUCGUGCUAAUCCCCCACUACUGUUUGUCACCUGGACCAAAGACGGACAGGCCUUGCAGCUGGACAAGUUCCCUGGCUGGUCCCUGGGCCCAGAAGGUUCCCUCAUCAUUGCCCUGGGGAAUGAGAAUGCCUUGGGAGAAUACUCCUGCACCCCCUACAACAGUCUUGGUACUGCUGGACCCUCCCCUGUGACCCAGGUGCUGCUCAAGGCUCCCCCGGCUUUUAUAGACCAGCCCAAGGAAGAAUAUUUCCAAGAAGUAGGGCGGGAGCUACUCAUCCCGUGCUCCGCCCGGGGAGACCCUCCUCCUAUUGUCUCUUGGGCCAAGGUGGGCCGGGGGCUGCAGGGCCAGGCCCAGGUGGACAGCAACAACAGCCUCGUCCUUCGACCCCUGACCAAGGAGGCCCAGGGACGAUGGGAAUGCAGUGCCAGCAAUGCUGUAGCCCGUGUGACCACUUCCACCAAUGUAUAUGUGCUAGGCACCAGCCCCCAUGUCGUCACCAAUGUGUCUGUGGUACCUUUACCCAAGGGUGCCAAUGUCUCUUGGGAGCCUGGCUUUGAUGGUGGCUAUCUGCAGAGAUUCAGUGUCUGGUAUACCCCACUAGCCAAGCGUCCUGACCGAGCCCACCAUGACUGGGUAUCUCUGGCUGUGCCUAUCGGGGCUACACACCUCCUAGUGCCAGGGCUGCAGGCUCACGCGCAGUAUCAGUUCAGUGUCCUUGCUCAGAAUAAACUGGGCAGUGGGCCCUUCAGUGAGAUUGUCCUGUCUAUACCAGAAGGGCUUCCUACCACACCGGCUGCCCCUGGGCUUCCUCCAACAGAGAUACCACCUCCCCUGUCCCCUCCUAGAGGUUUGGUGGCAGUGAGGACACCCCGGGGGGUACUUCUGCAUUGGGAUCCCCCAGAACUCAUCCCUGGGAGGCUGGAUGGCUACAUCCUGGAGGGACGGCAAGGCUCCCAAGGCUGGGAGAUCCUGGACCAAGGUGUGGCGGGCACAGAAAUCCAGCUGCUGGUGCCUGGCCUCAUCAAGGACGUUCUCUAUGAGUUUCGCCUCGUGGCCUUCGCUGAUAGCUACGUCAGUGACCCCAGCAACGUAGCCAACAUCUCCACUUCCGGCCUGGAGGUGUACCCCUCCCGCACACAGCUACCAGGUCUCCUGCCCCAGCCUGUAUUGGCUGGUGUUGUGGGUGGAGUCUGCUUCUUGGGCGUGGCGGUCCUUGUGAGCAUCCUAGCUGCCUGCCUGAUGAAUCGGCGCAGGGCUGCCCGACGCCACCGAAAACGUCUGCGCCAGGAUCCGCCUCUGAUCUUCUCUCCACGUGGGAAGUCAGGCUCACACUCUGCUCCUGGCUCAGGCAGCCCUGACAGCGUGACCAAGUUCAAGCUCCAAGGCUCCCCAGUUCCCAGCCUACGCCAGAGUCUGCUCUGGGGGGAGCCUGCUCGACCGCCUAGCCCUCACCCGGAUUCUCCACUUGGCCGGGGACCCUUACCAUUAGAGCCCAUUUGCAGGGGCCCAGAUGGGCGCUUUGUGAUGGGACCCACUGUGGCCCCCUCACAAGAAAAGUUAUGUCUGGAGCGCUCAGAACCUCGGACCUCAGCUAAACGCUUGGCUCAGUCCUUUGACUGUAGCAGUAGCAGCCCCAGUGGGGUCCCACAACCCCUCUGCAUUACAGACAUCAGCCCUGUGGGGCAGCCUCUUGCAGCCGUGCCUAGCCCCCUACCAGGUCCAGGACCCCUGCUCCAGUAUCUGAGCCUACCCUUCUUCCGAGAGAUGAAUGUGGACGGGGACUGGCCACCUCUUGAGGAGCCCACGCCUGCUCCGCCUCCAGAUUUCAUGGAUAGUCAGCCCUGUCCCACCUCAUCUUUCCUUCCACCACCAGACUCACCUCCUGCAAAUCUCAGGGCAGUGCUUCCUGGGACACUGAUGGGGGUCGGGGUCUCCUCAGAGCCCCCUUACACAGCUUUGGCUGAUUGGACUCUGAGGGAGCGGGUCUUGCCGGGCCUUCUUUCUGCUGCCCCUCGUGGUAGCCUCACCAGCCAGAGCAGUGGGAGGGGCAGCGCCUCCUUCCUGCGCCCUCCCUCCACAGCCCCCUCCGCAGGGGGAAGCUACCUCAGUCCAGCUCCAGGAGACACAAGCAGCUGGGCCAGUGGCCCAGAAAGGUGGCCCCGCAGGGAGCAUGUGGUGACAGUCAGCAAAAGGAGGAACACCUCUGUGGAUGAGAACUAUGAAUGGGAUUCGGAAUUCCCAGGGGACAUGGAGCUGCUAGAGACCUGGCACCCAGGCUUGGCCAGUUCUCGGACCCAUCCUGAACUUGAGCCAGAGUUAGGCUCCCUGUGCUGCACGCAAAGGCCUUUUGGAGCCUCAGGACUCAGCCCUUCAGCCAGUGAGUCACGGCAUCUCUUCUCACACAGUCCUGUCUUCCCCUUGAAGGUGUCAAGACUCCAGAGGAGAGCUGUCUCCUGAACCCAACCCAUGCUGCCGGCCCCGAGGCCCGCUGUGCUGCCCUUCGGGAGGAAUUCCUAGCUUUCCGCAGACGCAGGGAUGCUACCAGGGCCCGGCUACCAGCCUAUCAGCAGUCCAUCUCUUACCCUGAACAGGCUACUCUGCUAUGAGCCCGCUUAGUGUGAAACUAAGAAAGGCUUAUAUGGAUUUGCAAAGGAGUCCAAGACUUUGGCUCCAAGCUGGGGCACUGCCCCUACCUCUCUGUGUCUCGGUGGCCUGGUGGUAGGCUUGAGUGAGCUUGGUAUAGAGUUGGAUGUACUGACUCUUUAAUUAGUCUGGGAGCUGAACAGGAAUGUGUGUGUGUGUGUGUGUGUGUGUGUGUGUGUGUGUGUGUGUGUGUGUGUGUGCGUGCGCGCGCGCAAGCGCGCGUUCGAAAGUGGUGUUUAUGGUGUGGGUGCAGGUUUCUUUUUUUUAAAAAACAGGUGAAUAAUAAAUGUCUGGAAACCGUU